GUGCGGUCAGAAAUGGUACGGUCCGGGGGAAGCGUUGAGUCCGUUUGAGCCUCGAACGCUGCUAAUGUCAUCAUCGGCACCACGCGCCGGUGCCUGGUCCAAACAUUUAAAAUUAACGGUACACAGAAUAUACCGUCCUUUCAGCCGUCUCCAGCCAUGAAACAGGCUGUGUUCGAACUGAUGAGGAUGAGCAGAAUUUGCCGGAUGGUACUCGCCACUUGUUUGGGAUCUUUUGUUCUGGUCAUCUUUUAUUUCCAAAGUAUGUUCCAGCCAGUAAUGCGCAGGAACCCGUUUGCCACAGAAGCCUGCUGUCCCAAGAGCUCCCACAAUGCCCUGCAGGAGCUGUACAACCCCACACAGUCGGAGUUUUCCGGGACGGCGUUCCUGCACCAGGCCCGGCGGGACCAGGUGUCGGAGACGUGCCGGGCGCAGGGCUCGUCCGGGCGGAAGCGGCGGGUCCUGACCCCCGGCGACCUCCGGCACCUGGUGGUGGACGACGAGCACGGCCUGCUGUACUGCUACGUGCCCAAGGUGGCCUGCACCAACUGGAAGCGCGUCAUGAUGGUCCUGACGGGGCGGGGCCGCUACGCCGACCCCAUGGAGAUCCCCUCCAGCGAGGCCCACGUGCCCGCCAACCUGAAGACCCUCAGCCAGUACAGCAUCCCCGAGAUCAACCGGCGGCUCAAGAGCUUCCUGAAGUUCCUCUUCGUGCGCGAGCCCUUCGAGAGGCUGGUCUCGGCCUACCGCAACAAGUUCACGCUCAAGUACAACACCUCCUUCCACAAGCGCUUCGGCACCAAGAUCGUGCGGCGCUACCGCAAGAACGCCACCGCCGAGGCCCUGAGGGACGGGGCCGACGUGCGCUUCCGGGAGUUCGCCGACUACCUGGCCGACCCGGCCACGGGGAGGGAGGGCCCGCUGAACGAGCACUGGGAGACGGUCCACUCGCUCUGCCACCCCUGCCACAUCCGCUACGACCUGGUGGGCAAGUACGAGACGCUGGAGGAGGACGCCAACUACGUGCUGGGCCUGGCCGGCGCGGGCGAGACGCUGCGCUUCCCCAGCUACGCCAAGUCCACCCGCACCACCGACCUGGUGGCCGCGCGCUUCUUCCACAACGUCAGCUCCCGGCGGCAGGCCCAGCUGUAUCAGCUGUACCGGCUGGACUUCCUCAUGUUCAACUACUCCACGCCCAGCUACCUGCGGAUGGACUGA